UUGAUACACUGGAUUGGAUAUGGAUGAGGUGAAAACAGGGGUAUGCUCACCGGCCAGACGGUGCAUUUUUCCUUUUUUGGGCUAAAAACAAAUGUUGAAGCCCAAGGCCACACAUACGGCAUGCCAUAGAGAGAAGGGUUGAUCAUCAAAUUUCCACUAAAUAGUCGCCUCUGUCUAUAAAUAAAUCCCGAAAGAUACCGCCUUAUAUUUUGUUCUCUUUUUCUCUCUGUGAGAAAAACAAUCUUCUUCCUCGGAGUCGUUUCAGUUCCAGAUUUGUGCUACUGAUAGCAACAUUCAUACUACUGUUAAAGCUUAAAGAAUGGCUACACUUGCUGAUUCUUUCUUGGCGGAUCUUGAUGAUUUAUCAGAUAAUGAAGCUAAUGUUCCUCACGAGGAUGAAGGGCACGAAAGUGAUAUGGAUGAAGAUAGUGAUGGUGACAUUGCUGACAUAGAAGCUUUAAACUAUGAGAAUCUGGAUAGUGUCUCUAAAUUGCAGAAGUCACAGCGCUACAUCGACAUAAUGCAGAAAGUUGAAGCUGCACUACAGAAGGGGUCUGAAACUGAGGAGCAAGGCUUUAGUUCAGAAGACGAUCCUGAAUAUCAACUUAUAGUAGAUUGCAAUGCACUGUCGGUUGACAUUGAGAAUGAGAUAGUUAUCAUUCACAAUUUUAUCAAGGAUAAGUAUCGGCUUAAAUUUCCUGAGCUCGAGUCUCUGGUUCAUCACCCAAUUGAUUAUGCCAGAGUGGUAAAGAAGAUUGGAAAUGAAGUAGAUUUAACCCUAGUUGAUUUGGAAGGGCUCGUACCAUCAGCUGUCAUUAUGGUUGUAUCUGUUACAGCGUCCACUACUGUUGGAAAGCCACUCCCUGAAGAUUCUCUCAAUAAGACUAUUGAAGCCUGUGAUCGAGCUCUUGCUCUUGAUAUAGCAAAAAAGGAAGUUCUCGACUUUGUAGAGAGUAGAAUGGGAUAUAUUGCACCAAAUCUAUCUGCUAUCGUUGGAAGUGCUGUUGCUGCAAAACUUAUGGGGACCGCUGGUGGUUUGACAGCAUUAGCUAAGAUGCCAGCCUGUAAUGUUCAGCUUCUUGGUGCAAAGAGAAAGACUCUGGCAGGAUUCUCUACUGCAACUUCGCAAUAUCGUGUGGGGUAUCUUGAGCACACUGAAAUUUUCCAAACUACACCUCCUGCUUUGAAAAUGCGCGCUUGCCGAGUUUUGGCUGCAAAAUCAACACUUGCAGCAAGAGUUGAUUCAAUAAGAGGAGAUCCAACAGGGAAGACGGGAAGGAACUUGAGGGAAGAGAUCCGAAAGAAAAUUGAGAAGUGGCAAGAGCCGCCUCCAGCAAAGCAACCAAAACCUCUUCCAGUUCCUGAUUCCGAGCCUAAAAAGAAAAGGGGUGGUCGUCGUUUGCGGAAAAUGAAGGAGAGGUAUGCAGUAACAGAUAUGAGGAAGCUGGCCAACAGAAUGCAGUUUGGGAUACCCGAGGAGAGCUCGUUAGGGGAUGGACUCGGUGAAGGUUAUGGUAUGCUUGGUCAGGCUGGAAAUGGCAAGUUGCGUGUAUCAGUUGGCCAAAGCAAACUUGCUGCAAAAGUUGCUAAGAAGUCCAAGAUUAAAAGCUACGGAAGCGUUAGUGGUACUACCUCAGGCCUAACCUCAAGUCUAGCAUUCACACCUGUACAAGGAAUUGAACUCUCAAAUCCUCAGGCCCAUGCAAAUCAGCUAGGUAGUGGAACUCAAAGCACCUACUUCUCAGAGGUGGGCACCUUUUCAAAAAUCAAGAGGAUUUGAACCCAUCUCAGAGCCAGCAGUUGUUGCUCUAAGCACCAAAAGCAUCGGUCUACUGUCCAAUUUGUGCGGGUUUACUCGUCACUAGGAUCUUAUGUAAUAGAUUUUUGAAAUAUGAAUUUUCAGUAAAAUGCCAUGCUUAAAUUUUCCUGCAGUCGCAAAAAAAGAGCAUCACUGGCUUUAUGUUCCGAGACUGUUUUCUGCUAUCUUCGGAUGAGUAAAAUGCUGAUAUUUCAAUUUUUUGUUGGUUAAACAAAUUUCUUUUCUUUUGGACA